CUGGAUUAAACCGGCCUGAGAUAACUUCUUUGGAAUAAGUAUUGUGCAAGUAAAUACAGACGUGCAAACAAACUGUCUAAAAUGUUAAUUUGUAUUGCAAGUUUAUUUCAAUGGACUUGCGUUCUCGAUUAAAACGCAAACUCAAAAAUAUAAGCGUUCUGCACGUGUUAUCACAAUGACGUCACUGUCAAUUUAUUACUGGAUUAAUAACCUCGACGCGCCUCAGAAUAUCGGCGAGACCUGUAACACCGCAUGCUACCAAAGCGGGUUAAUUGUAAAUAAAGAAAGCAUGUGACACUUUAUAAAGACGAUUGUUUUUUAGGACAUUUUAUUAACAGCUAAAGCAGUACAGCAGUUUGCCUUAAUAAAUUGGUGAAUAAACCCGUGGAAGUGACCUGUUACCGUGACAACCAAGGAUGAAGGGACCAGACCCAAGCUUUCAUGAUGGGUAGAGGACGAUACUGGAAUGUUCUCCUGACACUCUUCGUAAUCUGCUUGACAACCAACGCUCAGAAUGCCUGCAACCCAAAUCCCUGCCUGCAUGGAGGGUCAUGUGAUGUGAACCCCGACCAACUGACCUACUUGUGCAGGUGUAAUGACACCUACAUAGGGGCUCGAUGUGAGGGAAUUGUCAGGCACUGUCUGGGAAAGGGGCCUUGUCAGAAUGGGGCCAUUUGUGAAGACUUGCAAGCAGGCGGCUACCAAUGUUUCUGUCGGCCCGGUUACUAUGGAAACCAUUGUCAACUCGAGAUCAAUGAGUGUGACCCAGAUCCUUGUGUAAACAACGCAACAUGUGUGGACAGACUGAAUGAUUUCACAUGCAUCUGCCCUAUUGGUAUGUCAGGCAAGCGCUGCGAAAUCCAAGCAACCACAGGCUGUGAGUCUGACCCCUGUAAGAACGGGGCCACCUGUGUUGCUAUGGAAACGGUGGGUAACUACAGGUGUACCUGCAUGCCAGGGUUCGAAGGUCAGCACUGUGAGGUCAAUGUUGAUGACUGCGUCUCACAUGCCUGCAAGGACUUCCAAGUCUGUGUGGAUUUGGUUGAUGGGCACAGGUGUGAAUGUCCCCAAGGUCGAGAUGGACCAGACUGCCUGACCCUGACAGACGCCUGCAUCAGCAACCCAUGUCAGAACAACGCAGUAUGUGAACAUGAGGUGGACAGAUACAAAUGUGAAUGUACUAAGGGUUACACAGGAAUUAACUGCGAAAUACAAGUAGAUGCUUGCAUCCCCAACCCUUGUUACCAUGGAGCCACCUGCGAAACCACCUUCACCCCUAACCCUGGAUUCCGUUGCCAAUGUGCAGAGGGUUUCCUUGGACCUCGCUGCCAAGGAAAACUGGCGAAUUGCGUAUCCAACCCUUGUUUUAAUAAUGGGUCAUGUUUGGAGAAUAUAAACAUAGCAGGAUUCACUUGCUUGUGUAGAAGUAACUUCACUGGAAGUUUGUGUGAGCUAGCUAUGGAGGGUUGCCUAGCCAUGGGGUGCUCCAAUGGCGGAAGUUGUGCGAGAUCUAAUGAAGGAAACCAAUGUCAGUGUCUACCCGGCUGGGAGGGAGAGAGAUGUCAGACAGAUGUGGAUGAGUGUUGGAACUCGCCAUGCAAGAAUGGCGGGCAGUGCAUCAACUUGGCGGGAACAUAUUUGUGCAUCUGCACCGAUUUCUGGACAGGAAAGGCGUGUGAUGUUGACGAAUUGGAAUGCUCCAGCUCACCGUGUUUGAAUAGAGCUACUUGUGUAGAGGUGACAGGAGGGCCGCCAUCUUGUACAUGUGUGCCAGGUACAACUGGGCAGUUUUGUGAGGCAGUGUUGGAUGUAUGUGACCCUAACCCUUGUCUAAAUGGUGGCACUUGUGCAAAUAAUGGGACAGCUUUCAAGUGCACAUGUCAACUUGGAUUCUCAGGGACAUCAUGUGACCUAAAGGUCAGUCUUUGCCAGCAACUCAGUCCGUGUAAAAACAAUGGCACCUGCAACGAUCGCCUUGGCAACUUCACCUGCACAUGUGCACCGGGGUUCACAGGGGUCAACUGCACUGGUGACCUUCAGGAGUGUGACCUUGACCCCUGUAAAAACGGGGCAACUUGCGUUGAUGGGUUGAAUGCCUUUGCAUGCCAGUGUGCUGCCGGGUUCACAGGCAACCUGUGCGAGGUCAACAUUGACGAGUGUCUCACUAACCCAUGUGUUCACAGCAGCCAAUGUGUGGAUGGGUUAGGCGGUUAUACGUGUGUGUGCUUCCAAGGGUAUACAGGAAAAAACUGCACUGAGGAUAUCAAUGAGUGUUCCAGCUCCCCCUGUCAGUUUGGGGGCACCUGCUCACAGCUCAGUGGCCAUGGUUACAAUUGCUCCUGCCCACCCAGUAUCCGUGGUGACAGGUGUCAGUUUGUUGUCAUGGCAACAUUUGAUGGCUCCUCAUUGGUCAGUCUGCCUACGCUGACUGCCAAUCAGAACAGGCGUAGAAGAUUUGCUGAGUCAGCAAGAAGGCUGCUAGCAGGUGGUAUGAAGUCGGUGAAAAGGACAAAAAGGGGUCAAACUACCGAACUUAUUUUGCAAUUCACAUUCUCGACUACCAUAUUGGAUGGAACGUUGCUUCUGGCCACAGGGUUUUCAGAGUUAAAGCAAGAGCACUACCAUUUUCUUCUUCAACUUCACAAAGGCAGCCUCUAUGCCUCACAGAAUUUCUAUGGAGAAACAUUAACAGGCAACAUUCCAUUGGCAGAAGGGACUUCUAGUCGUAAUGUCAAUGUUGCAAUAACUACCUCACAUACAAACAUUUCAUUGGACGCCUGCUCUCUGAAUGAUUGUGUUGUGUCGUUAAAACCAUCAGUGAUUGGUCCAGCCAUUAUUUUAAAUGAGCACUUCUAUCUUGGUGGGGUUCACGCCAUGACUCCCUAUUUGCGAAGCAAGAUGGCAACUGUGGCUGGCUACUCAGGAUGUCUUGGGAAUCUCACCAUGAACAGCCAACCAAUCAGCAUCAUCCCUAACUCACAGAAUGCAACUCAAACCAACCAAUCAGAUCCAAAGCCAGGGUGCAGAUCACAUGACCUGUGCUCCAAUGUCACGUGUCAAAAUGGCGGCCGGUGUGUGGACAAGUGGUUCAACCAGUCAUGCCAGUGUGCUGCUGGUUUUACAGGUGUUCACUGUGAGAUUCAGAACUCUGCCCAUUUUGUGCGGGACUCGUUCCUUCAUUUCGCCAAAUUCACCCAGCUUGUCAAUCUCUCCAUGUUGGUGUCUGCAAACUCAUCCACUGGCAUGAUCCUCUAUACACUUGAUGAUGACCUCUUGGCCUUGUACUUGGACAAAGGUCAGCUAGUUAUUCACCUGGUUGCCGAUGACCGCGACUCUAUCAGCCGGGUUGGCUACCUAGCAACUGGUGAUUGGUACCAGGUCACAGCUCUCUUUGGACAGGGAGUUUUUAAAGUCAAUUUUUCCAGUAAUUUCUCAGAAGUGACUGGAAGUGCACAGGGAACUGUGGGUAAUUCACUAGAAGUUCACACCCCACUGUUCCUGGGACAACUGCAUGACCACCCUACAGUAAACAAGUGGAGAAACAGGCUAAAUUCUACUAAUUCAUUCAGUUUCAUUGGCUGCAUCAAGAAUCUCACUAUCAACCAAUCACCAGUUGACCUGAGUACAUCAUCAGUGUCAAUUUUUGGUAAUGACCCACCUCCUGCUAUCCCAGGUUGCCCCAGGGACACUUCCUGUUCUGGGCUGCCAUGCCAAAAUGGUGGCCAGUGUCACGCAGACUGGAUUGCGCAUACAUGCACAUGUCCAGGAAGUUUUACUGGUGAAAAUUGUGAAAUUGCGGAGUCCGCAACAUUUAAUGGGAAAACAAGCUCCAUGGCGAUCAAUGUGAACACAACCAACAUUCCAUUUGGAGAGACUGGUUCUUUCGAAUUUAGAACAAGAAACCAGACUGUCACCCUGAUGCUGAUACAGUUCUACCAUCCCCAGACUGGUUCCCCUCAUGCCAGCUUGGAGUUCAGCCUCUACAGAACCAGUCUGCAGGUGACAUUGACCUUGACCUCAGCCUCCCAUCUGCGAUUCAUCGACACACUGUCAGACGGUGAAUGGCACACUAUUUUCUGGGUCAAAGGCCAUGACCUUUUGACAGUGUAUCAAGGGUUAAGGUCAUUGUCAUUAGAAACAAAGUUCAGUGUUUUCCAGUAUCAACCUGUUGUGAGAGUGUUUGCAGCGGGAAAACCUUUUCAACCAGGAAACACAUGGUCAUCAGUUGGUCUUAUGCAAGGUUGUAUUCGAAAUAUCACAUUCAACAACAAAGGAAUCCACUUUCUGGAUAUUAAUGGCUCCAUUACUCUUACUACAAAUAACAACAGUUUAGGGAAUUCAGCUGACGUUACUAUAAGUAGCCGUGACAUCAUCAAAGGAUGUCAUGGUGUUGAUUCGUGUAACCUUGAACCUUGUAAAGGUCAUGCAGAGUGUAGGGAUACAUGGAAUGCUAGGGAGUGCACUUGCAUAGCUGGAUGGGAAGGGAUUUCAUGCAAUGAAAGUAUGAAUGACUGUGUGAAUAAAAAUUGCAACCAUGGCAACUGUAUUGAUGGUCACAUGACGUACACAUGCAAGUGUGAUGAAGGUUACAUAGGGAAAUUCUGUGAUACUGUGUAUAACCCUUGUGAAAGUAAUCUUUGUGAGACAAAUACAACAGAUAAUUGUUCAUUAGUUUUCCCGUCAGGGUACAAAUGUUAUUGUAAAUCUGGAUGGACAGGUGUGAAUUGUUCUGUGGAGAUAAAUGAAUGUGAAAGUAGUCCCUGCAAAAAUGGCGGCAAGUGUAGUGAUAUUGUUAAUGCCUACAAAUGCGAAUGUUUGAGGGACUACUUUGGUACAAAUUGUGAAAAUGUGUAUAUUUGUUCGUCACAGCCAUGUUUUAAUGGAGGCACAUGCUUACCUGCAGAAGACAAUAAGAAUUAUUCGUGCCAGUGUUUGAACAGGUAUUCGGGAAGGCAGUGUCAGUCAUAUGACUUCUGUCAUGCAAACAUUUGUAAGAAUAACGCCACCUGCUUCUCAAAUGCAGAAGGAUAUGAGUGCAAGUGUAAUCUAGGUUUUUAUGGUGUGAAUUGCAAUUUUGUUGACUAUUGCGCAAGCCAGCCUUGUUCAAAUAAUGGCCAUUGUUUUAAUGACAAAAUCACAUUCCGUUGCUCAUGCUCUCAAUUAUUUUCUGGGGACACAUGUGAGAUACCUGUAAAUCACUGCGACAACAACCCCUGCAGAAACAAUGCAGUUUGCAUCUACAAUACAUCUCAGACCAAUCCUGGCUAUCUGUGCAAGUGUUCCAAUGGUUUUGCAGGAAGCUUUUGUGAGAUUGAUGUAAAUGAAUGUUUAUCGAACCCGUGUUUAAAUGGUGCUAAGUGUGUGGAGAGUAAUCAGACACCUUGGAAAUUUUUCCCAGGGUUCCACUGUGAUUGUCAUGGUGGUUACCGUGGUGAUUUUUGUGAACAAGAAAUAAAUGAGUGUGAAAGUUCACCUUGUAAGAACAAUGGAACAUGUAUUGAUCAGUUGAACGCAUUUCUUUGUAAUUGUUUGACAGGAUUUCAUGGUGUGUUUUGCGAAAUUGACAGGCGAGGUUGUUCCUCAAAUCCGUGCCAGAAUAAUGCUCAAUGCUUAUCGAAUUCUGUAACAAAUCCAGCAUUUCAGUAUACUUGUUUGUGUGCAAAAGGAUUUAUGGGUGCUGCUUGCGAAACAAAUAUUGACGACUGUAUUCAGCACAAGUGCAAAAAUGGUGCUCAGUGUGUGGAUAGUGUAGACGCUUACAUUUGCAAUUGCUUGCCAGGGUAUGACGGGAUAUUUUGCGAAGAUGUCAAAGAUGCCUGCUUUAGCCAGCCAUGUGCAAACGGGGGCAAAUGCGUGUAUCAAGGCUUGUGUAGCUGUCAGGAAGUUGUGAAGACCUGCGGAUGGCACAACGAGACCUGUCAAGUGACUUUGUGUAAGCAGCUGGAGAACUGCACAACUUUCACAGUACCUUAUAGGUGUAAUUGUAGUAACACAGGAUUUCAAGGUGGUACCUGUAAUGUGGAUACAGACGAAUGUGUAGGGAAUGAAUUUGCGUGUGAGCAUGGUGGAAUAUGUGUUAACACGCUGGGAAAUUACACCUGCGAUUGUGCGAGGACUGGGUUCAAAGGGCAGAGGUGUGAAAUUGACAUUGAUGAGUGUUCAGGAGUGAAUCCAUGCUUUAACCAAGGUGUUUGCGAGAAUUUUGCAGGGUCAUUUGGGUGUCGCUGUGUGGCGGGGUGGGAGGGUCAGACAUGUGGUCAACUGGUCAACAACUGUGUCAAUAUGCCGUGUAAAAAUGACGGCAUAUGUGUAAACACAGUGUCAGGCUUCUUGUGUGACUGUCUCAGAACUGGCUUCCAGGGGAAAACAUGUGAAAUGAACAUAAAUGAUUGCAUAGGCAAUCCAUGUCUGAACAAUGGCCGCUGUCUAGACGGGGUCAACUCGUACACAUGUGACUGCAAUGGUACUGGUUACCAUGGUGACAGAUGUGAACAGGAAGUCAACGAAUGUGCCAGUAGUCCGUGCAUCAACAACUCCACCUGCAGGGAUUUAGGGCUGAAGUUUGAGUGCAUCUGCACUGCAGGUUUUCAUGGGACACAUUGUGAUGAAGACAUCGAUGAAUGUGCCUCCAGCAGUCACGAGUGUUUCAAGGGCUCCGCUUGUCAGAACACUGUUGGGUCAUACACGUGCGUUUGCAGCGAUACGCAGUCUGGAAGAUUCUGCCAGAUAGCUGCCAAACAAAAUGGAGAUCCGUCUGGGGACAACAACACGGGCAUUAUUAUAGCAUCUGUUAUCAUUGUGAUAAUCAUUGUCCUGAUAUUGGUCGUAUAUGUUUUAUGGUACCUGCGGAAGUCAAGACGGUUAAAGGGCCAGUACAAGCCUUCCCACAUUGAACAGAAUGGGCCCGGUGUGGCCCCCAGUAUUCCUUUAGACAAGAUGUUUGACAACUCCCACGGGGAGAGGCUUAUUUGACAAGACUCUGGGGGUGGGGAUGAUGUGUCCAUGAAAACAUAUACAUUCCUGUAAUUACCUGCCAAAACCUAUACAUUCCUGUAAUUACCUGCCAAAACCUAUACAUUUCUGUUAUUGCAUGCAAAAACCUAUACAUUCUUGUAAUUACAUGCACAAGCUUAUACAUAUCUGUCAUUACAUGAAAAAGACUAUACAUUCCUGUAAUUGCAAACUCAAAUCUAUCCAUUCCUGUAAAUGCAUACACAAACUAUCCAUUCCUGUAAAUACAUACAAAAACUUAUACAUUAUAAUAAUUCCUGUAAAUGCAUGCAAAAACUUGUACAUUCCUCUACAUGCAUGCAAAAAUCUAUACAUUCCUGUAAAUGCAUGCACAAAUGUAUACAUUCCAUUCAUUUGUUGUGUUCUAAAAACCUUUACAUUUAAGUAAUAUUUUGGGUGAAUGCAUUCCUAAAACUGCAUUUCAGUUAAAACCUUUAAAAUAAGAUAAAUAUAUUAUUUAAUCUGAGAUUUUAAUGAAAACCUAUUUUCUUAUUGUUAAUGAAAUUUUCAUGAAAACAUUUUUGUAAUUGAUAUUUCUAUAAAAAACAUGGUAAAAUGUUCAUGUAAACUAAACUCAUAACUGCAGCUAUAAUUGGUAAAUGCUAUGAAAACUAGUAUCAUCCAGGGUCAUACACUUGAUUUAUUUGUUAAAACCUAUAUAUUUAAUACAUUUCUGUUAUUUAUAUCUCCAUUAUGGUUUGGAUUUAAGUUUUGUGUUGUCGCUAUGUUUGACCAUGCUACAAAAACGUAUACACUUUGUCCAUGAAUGUCUAGACAUUUCUGUAAUUGUACAUAUAUACAUACAUGUUACCAUAGUUACAUUUCAAUAUACACAUGUUCAUUGUUUUUGAAAUUUCCUACAUAGCAAAGCUGUUAUUUUUUGUAUGUUUUAAUGUCAUAAAUAUAAUACUUUCAACUCUUCCUAAGGGUAGAGUUGUAACAAUUAAAUUUAAAAAAAUCGCUCUUAAUAAAACAUGAUUAAUAGGAGUUUUUAUUUUCAAGUGAUAUUAAAAUUUCCAAUGUUUUAUGUGGACGGAUAAUGUCACCGCUCACCGUAAGAGACUGUCAACAACUUUUACAGAUACAGUUAUCAUGCCUUUUAGUUUUCACAAUACCAACUAGUAGUUUAUCAUAUAUCAAGAAGAUAGCUACAUAAUUAAGUGGUCCAUCUUUGGAAGAAAGUUUCACUUAUUUGACUGAAAAUAAAUUACUUGUAAUGAAACUGAGUUUAUUUUUAUUUUAAUUUUAGCUACGAUCUUAUGAUAAAGAAAACAGUUGAUGAGUCUAGAAAUUAUGAUCAUAAUAAAUUGAGAUUUUCUCUACAUGUAUUUGUAAACAAAUUUUACUUGAUGAUUAUAUAUUCUGUGUUUGAGAUUUGCUGUUAAAAUAUACUGGGUUUUGUUUUUUAAUGCAAAUUCCCUACUGUUCAUAUUCUAUACAAAAAUGACCCUUUAAAACAUAACAUAAUUGUAUAAUCGAGAAACAAGAAGUCUUAUGCACUUCAUAAUAGAGAUAUUGUUCAUAGUGACAUAAAAGUGAAAACUACAAAUAAAUUCAAAUAUGUAUAGCCCUCUAAUAAAUUGUAUCUAUAGUCAUACCUUUAAAAUGAUAAUUGACAGUAAAUGUCUGAUUUUUUUAUUUAACUGCAUAUAAAAUUUUAAUUACAUCAUUUUAUAAAGAAUUCCAAAUGUUCUAGACAUUAGAAAAUUAAUCUACAAGAGCAAAAGUAGUAUUUUGUUUGUGAAUAUAUUAUUUGAAGUUAUAUAACUUUUCAUAUCAUCUCAAAGUGAAUAUUUGUUGAUGGGGUAUUGGUAGUUGUUAAAUAUUUAUAGUUUUAUUUGAGCUUUUUGAUUAUUUGAGUCCUGUUUCAAACUCACAUAUUAUAACAGGUUACACGCUUUGUCUGGAACAGAGACAUACUUUCAUAUACAUGUAUUGCUUUUUCUUAUUUAUGUAAUUAUUAUAAACAAUUUUAACAAUAUUAUUUAUUUCCCCACCCCCAGUUUUCGGUUAUUAUGUAUGUAUACUUUUUCUCAUCACAGUGUAAUACACAGUCAUUUUCUCUAUGAUUAUUUGUGUGCACGUGUUUAUUUUUUGCUUCGUGUAAAAGCAACAAGUUUACAGACUUUAAUUUAGUUAGUUAGUAUUAUGAGCAAUUUAUGACAAUUGAUUGAGCAUUUUCAAAUGAAAACGUGUAUAAUCAUUGAUAGUUGGCAUGUAUAACUAUGUAGUAAAUAUGUCCAGAUGUGUUCGAAUUAAACGUAUUAAUUUUAUAGACGAUGCUUAUAGUUAAAUUAUCUCCUAUUGAACAUUUUUCGUUUUUUGUAUUUUCAUAAAAACAGUUGAGAAAUCCAUAUAUAAAAAAAUGGAAGUUACUGAACUCAUUUCUGAUGUAUAGACAGAUUUCAUGUAUACAUGUAGGUCUAAAUGAGGUUUUGAAAACGACACCAAAUACAGUUUCAACUUUCAUUUCGUUUAUGUUGAGUAAAAAAGAUAAACUUCAUUUUUAAUCUGUUACUAUUAACCCAUUCCCACUUAGAGGCAAAAUGAAAAUGGCGAAGUGCAAACAGCAUAACACCAGAACAGCCUGCAAGUAACUCGUAGUCUGUUCAGGUUUUAUGCUGUUUGCUGCUCAUCAUUUACUAAAGGUUGAAAAUUAACCCUUUAAAACUUGAAUCUAGUUUUUAAAUUAAAUGUAACUUUCUAAGGGACUACAAAUGUGUCAAACUACGUAUCUAAGUGGUAAAGGGUUAUCUUAAUUUGCAAUAAAGGGUUUGUGAUAACAGAUUUAUCAGAAAAUAUCUGUAAAAAAGAUAUUUAGUGUAUAUUCCGACUAUGAAAUAAUGGUAAAAAAUUUGCAUUUCUGAAUAAUUAAAUUGAAAACAAAG